AUGCAACAACAAGAACAAAAACAACCUUUCACAUUUUCGCUCGUUCCAGAUCAAUCGACCCCACUCACUCCAACGACCUUCUCUAACACCACCUUCACGACAACCACCACCACCACCACUAAUUGCUCUUCCUCCUUUUCAACAAUGAACAUCAACCAUCAAUGGCUUGAUUCCACGCAACACCAUACAACGAAUUAUCCACUCCAUCAUCAAACGUGUCUUCAUGAGGACAUGAGUCUAAAUUUCUCUUCUUCCCUCCACAAUGAUGAGUCGACGAGUGAGGAUUCAUCCAUGAUGAGCCUUUCUCCUACUCCAACCUUUGAAGUUCCUCCAUUAAGGAUUGACAAGCAUUAUAGAACGAGUCAUAAAGUGAGGCUUCAAUCCUUGUCACCCUCCACUCCCACUCUUCCAAUAUCUUUUAUUCAUUGUUCACCUAUUCAAGAGGACUUAAAUUGUUGUCAUCACUCCUCAAUCGAUCCACUCGCCACUAAUUGUAACAAUAAUCACUGUCCAAUGGCUUCUGUAACUUCUACUCACUUGAAUGAAAUGUGUCACCAGAUGAAUCCCGCAGUCAUGUCUUUUGACGAAUUUCUGAAAAUCAACUCGAUGCGAUAUUCCUCUCUAGCGAUCCAGAAUCAAUCCUUAUUCGAUGAUGAUAUUGCUCAAAAACGGAAACGACAAUCCAGCAAAGAAGAUCGAGAAGAAGAAAAAGAGCACCAUCAUACAAAGAUGACAAAAUCUGGUUUUUCGACGAGUAGCUUUAGUUUUUUCCAUUAG